CGUGUAAGUCUCCUCCGUUUCUCCUCCGGAACACACCAGCGUCGGCGGCUCGGCGUCAUUCGGUUCGUUCGUUUCGGUGGCUCCGUCAAUUUCCGUGUGGCACUCAGUCUUUUGUGUAUUUUUGGGACAAUUUCGGCCGACAAUUGUCCAUCAAUCCAGCCCCCAAAAGAAGCGCAAAAUAAAUAAAGAAACAAAUUCACAAAGAAAACUCGCGUCUCGUAGCAAAAUAUAAAUAUAAAUAUAAAUUCCUUGUGCUCCAAGCAACGACUGACGGCGGCGGCGGCAUUUUCCUCCCAGUAUGAUGAUGUUAUUUCUGUGCAUUCGGCGAUUUUAGUUUUUGGCUGCACAAAUGUUUGAGAUGGCCCGAAAUGGUUGCACUCGUCGGCUGCUGGCUGUUGCCUAGAAAUACGACAACCAGAAAAACCCAAAAACAUUGCCAGAAAAACAAACCAGAAACCGAGACCUCAGCCUCGAAAAUAAUGUCCCGCUGCAUGCAUUGAAGUUGACAUCCCACACAGAUACACACACAGACAGACAGCCAGUAAAAGCUUUUCGAGUGGAGCGGCGGUGGAAGGAGUACAAUGGUCAUCCAGUGUACAUGUGAUUGCAACUGCAGUGAUAGUAGAGAUAACCGGAGCCUCAUCUCGUCCUGCCUUCCAGCAGCCACAGUGCCAGCGGCACGCCAGCAGCAGCGGGCAGGCGGACAUCAUCCCUACGGGUCUUUAGCAGCAGCAACAGCAGCAGCAGCCUCUGGUGGCGAUGAUAUGGAGCAUAGGAUACCAUACUAUCGCCGCUUAUCGAAUACCUCAUCAGCCCUAUACGGCAGCUGUCCCCAAUUGCUGCCCACAGCAACAGCAACAGCAACAGCCACCCAGCCCUGUCCCCACCAUCUGGAAGGACACGCGGAGGAUAGACAGUACUCGAGUCUGGUGAGGCCCAAGCACAGGAGUCCCGUGCUGUGCAACAAAUGUGCGCUGUGACGAAGAUACAAUCUGAGCUGUG